AAAAUCUUCUUCACACUUGGGGAGAGAGAGAGAGAGAGGGUUUUCUAUUCUUUUGUGUGCAGCACAAUUUAUUGCCUCUUUCCUUCUCUCCCUGCUCAUUCUGUGAAAGCCCAUUUUUCUUUCUCUUGCUCUCCCUCUCCCUCUCCCUCUCCCUUUGAGCUCCCAAUCUCCCACUCUUUGAAUCCAGGAAGAGAAUGGGAGACGAGAAGAAGUCCAAAGCCACUGGUGUGUGGCCCACCGUGAAGCCCUUCGUUAAUGGUGGAGCGUCUGGUAUGCUCGCCACUUGUGUCAUCCAACCCAUCGAUAUGAUAAAGGUGAGGAUUCAAUUGGGUCAGGGGUCAGCAAGCCAGGUGGCGAAGAACAUGCUCAAGGAGGAGGGUUUUGGUGCCUUUUACAAGGGGCUAUCGGCUGGACUGCUCAGACAAGCUACAUAUACCACGGCACGACUUGGAUCAUUCAAGAUUUUGACGAAUAAAGCAAUUGAAGCCAAUGGUGGGAAGCCCCUACCUCUAUAUCAGAAAGCUUUGUGUGGGCUUACUGCUGGUGCUAUUGGAGCAUCUGUUGGUAGUCCAGCAGAUUUAGCACUUAUCCGUAUGCAGGCAGAUGCCACUUUGCCUGCAGCCCAGCGCCGACAUUACAAAAAUGCCUUCCAUGCGCUCUAUCGUAUUGUUGGAGAUGAGGGAGUUUUGGCACUCUGGAAAGGUGCAGGGCCUACUGUAGUGAGAGCAAUGGCAUUGAACAUGGGAAUGCUAGCCUCCUAUGAUCAAAGUUCUGAGUUUUUCAGGGAUUCCCUUGGUUUUGGUGAAACUUCCACAGUUGUAGGUGCUAGUACCAUUUCAGGAUUCUUUGCUGCAGCUUGCAGUUUACCCUUUGAUUAUGUCAAAACCCAGAUUCAGAAGAUGCAACCUGAUGCUGAGGGGAAGCUUCCUUACUCUGGUUCUUUAGAUUGCGCAAUGAAAACCUUGAAAGCUGGAGGGCCUUUGAAGUUGUACACUGGAUUUCCAGUAUAUUGCGUUAGAAUUGCCCCCCAUGUCAUGAUGACUUGGAUUUUCCUCAACCAGAUCCAAAAGCUGGAGAAAUCAGUAGGGUUGUAGUGUUGGUCUCUGCAGGAUGGAGAUUCCUUUUGGGGUGAAGCGUUAAAAAUAAUGUUACUUUUCGCCGUCUGGUAGUUUUUUUGGCUGAUUUGACAGUUUCACACCCGGCAAGUAAAACCAUUUGUUUUGAUAAUUUCACUGUGAUUGAGAAGUAGGCUUCUACAAUUUUCCUAAA